UUCGAGGCGUGCCCGUUCGAGGCCAUUGUUUACAAUCCUUCCUUUUCAACCACGUGUGCCGAGAAUAUCAUACAAAACUGGCCCAGUGUCCACUUGCGAACAUCACAACACACUGAUUUCUUCGAGGAACGAGUUCGCCCAAUAAUCACAAAUCUAGAAAUAUUUUACAGACCGGCUGCUGUAACUGUUAACAGGUAGGCGGGUUAACAGAUUGUUUAACGCUUUAAAUAUUUAGAAAAACUCUAACAGGUAAAGUGGUGAAAUUUAAUUAUAACAGGUACUUUUUCUCAGCUUAUCACAUUAAGCACACUUUUUCAUGUUCUUUGGUUUCGCUUAGAUGAUGUGCACUUUGACUCGAGAACUAAGUCAUAAUACUAUGUUGUCUUUAAGUGUAAUGUGCAAGAGAGCAGACCGAUGGAGAAAAUUGUUAUUUUUUUACGAAUGUUGCUCACGUUUUUUUCUUUACCCUCUAGGUAUUUAGGGAUUAUAUUUGAUAUGAGCGCACAGGAAUCUAGGAUAGAUCAUCCGCAAAGACCGAAUCACGCUAGAAAGAUGCCUUCCGUUUCCAAGAAUGUUGUUAAACAAGCCGGAGUUAAAAAAUCAAAUACGAAGUCAAUAACUACGGGUAUGGAGGAGACUGAUACCAAAUUUCUGACUGGAGCUGUAGACACUGUUUCAAUGGAUCAAAAGUGGUCAAAAACAAAGCACGAUUGGAAAGCUGAGACAAGAUCUCGAUCGGGUGGCGUUAGAACAACACGUCAAAUCAGGCGUAACGAGAGAGAACGUGGAAGAAAGGCUCGUCUAAACGCGGCUUUUCAAGUUUUACGCUCCGUCGUACCAAGGACUAGCAUGAAUUCGUCAGGAACCGUAAGCGAACGAAAAAUGACUCAAGUGGAGAUCCUUCGCCUGGCAAAAAACUAUAUUUCCAGUCUCACUGAAAUCCUCAGAGAAGACAACAGAUAUAAUAUCGGAUCGUUUAAUGCCUGA